UCACGUGGGCAGGAAGGUGAUGGCGGCGCUGGUUGUGUCCGGGGCAGCGGAGCAGGGCGGCCGAAAAGGCCCUGGCAGAGGUCGGGUCCCUCGGGGCCGUGUAGCCAAUCAGAUCCCCUCUGAGAUCCUGAACAACCCCCAGCUGCAGGCAGCAGUCCAGGUCCUGCCUUCCAACUACAACUUUGAGAUCCCAAAGACCAUCUGGAGGAUCCAACAAGCCCAGGCCAAGAAGGUGGCUUUGCAAAUGCCAGAAGGCCUCCUCCUCUUUGCCUGCACCAUUGUGGAUAUAUUGGAAAGGUUCACCGAGGCUGAAGUGAUGGUGAUGGGUGAUGUGACCUAUGGGGCUUGCUGUGUGGAUGAUUUCACUGCCAGGGCCCUGGGAGCUGACUUCCUGGUGCACUACGGCCACAGCUGCCUGGUUCCCAUGGACACCUCGGCCCAAGACUUGCGGGUGCUGUAUGUCUUCGUCGACAUCCGGAUAGAUGCUACCCACCUGCUUGACUCUCUCCGCCUCACCUUUCCCCCGGCCACUGCCCUCGCCCUGGUCAGCACCAUUCAGUUUGUGUCCACCUUGCAGGCAGCUGCCCAGGAGCUGAAAGCUGAGUAUCAUGUGAGUGUCCCACAGUGCAAGCCCCUGUCCCCUGGAGAGAUUCUGGGCUGCACAUCCCCCCGACUGCCCGAAGAGGUAGAGGCCGUUGUGUAUCUUGGAGAUGGCCGCUUCCAUCUGGAGUCUGUCAUGAUUGCCAACCCCAACGUCCCUGCUUACCGGUAUGACCCAUAUAGCAAAGUCCUGUCCAGAGAGCACUAUGACCAUCAGCGCAUGCAGGCUGCUCGCCAGGAAGCCAUAGCUGCUGCCCACUCAGCUAAGUCCUGGGGCCUCAUUCUGGGUACUUUGGGCCGCCAGGGCAGUCCUAAGAUCCUGGAGCACCUGGAGUCCCAGCUCCGAGCCCUGGGCCUUUCCUUCGUGAGGCUGCUGCUCUCUGAGAUCUUCCCCAGCAAGCUUCGCCUACUUCCUGAGGUGGACGUGUGGGUGCAGGUGGCGUGUCCACGGCUCUCCAUUGACUGGGGCACAGCCUUCCCCAAGCCGCUGCUGACACCUUAUGAGGCGGCCGUAGCCCUGAGGAGCAUUUCCUGGCAGCAGCCCUACCCCAUGGACUUUUACGCCGGCAGCUCCUUGGGGCCCUGGACGGUGAACCACGGCCAAGACCGGCGUCCUCAGGCCGUGGGCCGGCCGGCGCAGGGGAAGGUGCAGGAGGGGUCCACGCAGCCCCCUUCAGCCGUGACUUGCGAGGACUGCAGCUGUAGAGACGAGAAGGUGGCGCCGCUCGCUCCUUAACACGCUCCGGGCCCCAGGGUCCUGCCCUCCGGAGGAGCAGCCUCGAGGCUGGUGGUUUUCAGAGCAGGAGACGGACGUUU